UAAACAUGCACAAUCUAUACGAAAUAAAAUCAUACCUAUCUUGCUAACUAUAAUACCAUUGCUCCAAAAAAAUGUUUCUCUCAUUAGAGCUCAUUCAUAUCCCGUUUAUCUUGUUGUUCGUUUUCUUAUCGUUCUUGAUUCCUUUCAAAUUGCUUUCAUCUUCAUCUAAAACCCCAAAAAACAGGCCACCAACUCUUCAAAAGCUUCCGAUUAUUGGAAACCUUCACCAAAUAGACUCAAGCGCUCAUCUCUCUUUACGAGUCUUAAGUCAAAAACACGGACCACUUUUCUUGAUGCACCUAGGCAGUGUACCCGUGUUGGUAGUCUCCUCGGCCGAAGCAGCUAGAGAAAUCAUGAAAACACAUGAUUUGAUAUUCUCAAAUAGGCCAAAACUAUACUUUCAUGACAAACUUAGUUAUGGUUCUAAAGACAUUGCUUUUGCUCCCUAUGGAGAGCAUUGGAGGCAGGUCAAGAGCCUUACGGUGCUCAAUUUUCUAAGCCAUAAACAUGUUCAAUCAUUCCAAAAGAUACGAGAAAAAUUACUUCUUCGUAUGAUUGAAAUGGUCGGGAAAAGUUGUGGUUCUGUAAUUGAUAUGAGUGAAUUGCUUUUUUUGCUUACUACAAACAUACUAUGUGAGGUGGCCUUUGGACAGAAAAAUGAUGAUAUAAAGUUUAAGAAUGUAUUCGUAAAAUCUCAGAUCCUACUUGGCGGUUUUGAUAUAGGGAACUAUAUUCCAUGGCUAUCAUGGGUGAAUUGGUUGCGUGUCGGAGAAGCAAAUGAAAUUGUUAAAGAGUAUGAUGAGUUUCUUGAUGGUGUCAUCGACGAGCAUAAAAAUAAAAGCACAAAGGCGGAUGUUACUAAUGGUGAACAGAAUGAAGUACGUGAUUUAGUUGAUAUCUUACUUGAUGUUCAAAAGGAAAACAAACUCAAAUUUAAAUUUGGGAGAGAUACCAUUAAAGCCAUCAUCUUUGAUGUGUUUACUGCUGGAACUGAUACAACAAACACAACUAUGGAAUGGGCACUAAGCGAGCUAGUAAGAAACCCACGUGUAAUGAAGAAGUUGCAAACCGAGGCAACAAAAAUAGCUCGAGGAAGAUCAAUGAUAAGCGAGGAUGAUUUACAAGAAAUGCAUUACUUGAAAGCUGUCAUGAAAGAGAGCUUGCGAUUACACAUUCCAGUCCCACUACUAGUUCCUCACGAAGCGAGAGAGGAUGUUCAAGUAAUGGGUUAUGAUAUUGCAAAAGGCACCCAAGUGAUGAUUAAUGCUUGGGCAAUUGCAAGAGAUCCUUCCAUCUGGGAAGAACCAGAGAAAUUUAACCCGGAAAGGUUUUUGAACAGUUCCAUCGACUAUAAAGGAUUUGAUUUUGAAUUGAUACCUUUUGGUGCUGGUCGAAGAGGGUGUCCUGGUACUGAAUUUGCUAUGGUAAUCAAUGAGCUUGCUAUAGCCAAUAUAGUUCUUAAUUAUGAUUUAGCAUUGCCAAAUGAAGGUAAACCCGAAGAAUUAGACAUGAGCGGAACUUCUGGAUUAACUGUUCGUAAGAAGUCUCAUCUACUUGUUGUGCCUUCUUCUCGUUUAGAGUAAAGUAACUGCUCAAAUUUGCACCCUGGAUAGGGUUGACUAAUAUACAUAUAAUAUUGUAACAAUAUUCAAUAAACUCUUCUUGUAUCCCGACAAUGUUUCGGUAGAAGUGUGUUUUUCUUCUAUUCCAAGUUUAUCAUAUGUAAUGUAAAGUAAUUCAGUAUUUGUUUAGUGUGGCAUAUGUUGGCUUGUA